UUAAAGUCUACUAAAUGUUUACUUGGGUUGGUUAGUCGAUGCCAACCACAACUGCUACCUGCUGACACUAAUUGAAGCUUGUGCAGAACGCAUAAGACGACAUUAAACGGAAGUGUUUUGCUUACAUCCACGAUUUUGUUUUUAUAUGUUUUCCGUGGUCGGCCAUGCAAAAAUCUCUCAUUUGGUGAUAAUAAGCAGACGAUUGCGACAUUACUACAGCAAUAUGGACUGCACGGAACUAUUGCCGCCCGCUUCGGUGCGUGGCAUGACUGUGCUGCAGCGCGCUGAGUUUCAAAAACGUGUCCAAAUUCCGAGACUUCGAGUGCCUGAAUCGCAGGUGCAGCGAGUGAUUCCAUUACUGAAGAAGAUGCUGCUCAAAAUGGAACAUCUGCAGCCGGUGCGUGCCGUGCCGAAUGCACGUGAAAUACUUCUACACCCAUUGCCCGUUAAGAACUGGGAAUCGCUGCCCGUCAAGGAGCUUGAGGAGCAGCAUGUGACAGCGGCCAAUUUCUGUCAUGAUGAACUCGAGUUGAGCUAUGAAAAUUGGAGCGCAAAUGAGAUACUGAAAAGUGUGCUACCAGCGGAUGAGGAGGGACUCACCUCCUUCUCACGCAUCGGACACAUUGUGCAUCUGAAUCUGCGGGAUCAUCUGCUGCCCUACAAACAACUCAUUGGCGAAGUGCUCCGCGAUAAGUUGCCCAAUUGUCGCACUGUGGUCAACAAGGCAGCCAGCAUUGAUAACACCUAUCGCAACUUUCAGCUGGAGCUGAUAUGCGGCGAUGCCGAGUAUCAGGUGGAGACUAAGGAGAACGGUGUACCCUUUGAGUUUGAUUUCUCGAAAGUCUAUUGGAAUCCACGCCUGUCCACCGAACACGAACGCAUUGUCAAACUCUUGCAGACCGGCGAUGUUCUUUAUGAUGUAUUCGCUGGCGUUGGUCCAUUUAGUGUACCCGCGGCCAAGAAGCGCUGCCAAGUGCUGGCCAACGAUCUGAAUCCCGUUAGCUAUCACUGGCUGCAGCACAAUGCCAAGCGGAACAAGUGUCUGGCCCACAUCCAAAUGUUCAACAAGGAUGGACGCGAAUUCAUACGCAAAGAGCUGCGUGACGAUUUACUACAGCGCUGGAAAUCGCCUCCAGCUAAUUCGUAUAACAUUCAUAUUACGAUGAAUUUACCAGCGCUAGCUGUUGAAUUUCUGGAUGCAUUUCGAGAUCUAUAUGCGGACGAGGAGCUGCCCAAGGUUCUGAACUAUCCGGUAGUGCAUGUCUACUCCUUUGCCAAGGGCGAGGACACCAAGACGCUGGUGCAGCAGCUUGUUGAGCGCAAUCUGGGUGCAUCGUUGGAUGAUGCGUUGCUGGAGGGCAUCAGUUUUGUGCGCAAUGUGGCACCCAACAAGGACAUGUACAGGGUGUCCUUCAGGCUAAACCGAGAGCUAUUGACGACGCCUAAACAGGCAACGCGCAAGCGUCCUUGUUCUGCGGAGGAGGAUGCCUUGGCAGAAGCAGCAGCAGCUGCUACAAAAGUGAAAUGCAUUUGACCAAGUUAACAAAUAAAGAGUCUAGUAAAAAUAAAAACAUAUGUGUUGGAAUGUCCUAGUAGA